AUGGCGAUACGCGAGGAGAUUGUGGCGUCAGCAGUAACAGUCCUGCAAGACCCCAGCGUUGCAGCGUCGUCCAUCGAAAACAAAAUAUCCUUCCUUCGAACCAAGAACCUAACACAAGAGGAGAUCGAUGCCGCUCUCGCCAGAGCCGGCGCGGUAGCGCCUAGAGCCCCCUACGCGCCCGCGCCUCAAGGUCCUCCUCAGGGCCCUCCGCAGCAGUACUACCAGCCUUACCCCCAAUACGCAUGGCAGCCGCCUGCCGCGACCCCUAAGAGGGAUUGGAGGGAUUGGUUCAUCAUGGCAACCGUCGUGGGCGGAGUCAGCUAUGGUCUCUUCUCACUGGGCAAGCGAUAUGUAUACCCCCUGGUAGCGCCGCCUACCCCUGAAAAGCUGGAGCAGGACAAGAAGUCGAUCGAGGAGCAGUUUGACAAGGCCUUUGCUCUGGUUGAGCAGCUAUCCAAGGACACGGAGGCGCUGAAAGACGCCGAGAAGCAGCGGACAGAACGGCUAGACGUGACGCUGGCGGACCUGGAGACGAUCAUGGCGGAGCUGAAGACGGCCAACAAGCGCCGCGAGGACGACGCGCAGCGCAUUCGCGAUGAGGUGCAGGGCCUCAAGGACGCCAUUCCGAGGGCCAUGAACAACCAGAAGGAGCUUACCGACAACCGACUUGCCGAAAUCAACACGGAGUUGACGAGUCUCAAGACGCUGGUGUCACAGAGGAUGAAUGCCAACUCAAAUCCCACCGCUUCGAGCGGCUACUUCCGGGGCGCCAACGGCAUCAACGGCACCAACGGGACGAACGGUGUCAACAGUGGAACGGCAUCGCCCACAGCAGCAGCCGCCCAGUCACCCAAUGAGAGCGCGGCGGAAACGAGCACCACGCCAAAGGCUGACACCGGCAAGGGCCCUGCCCAGAACAAGUUUGGCCGAGCGUCCGGGCUGUCGAUUGGCUCUGGCAAGGCGUCGAUCCCAGCGUGGCAGAUGGCCAUGGCUAACCAGACUGCCGGAGCAGCU